AGUGUAGCCGUGGAGGCAUUUGAAUGAUCGUUUUUCCAUUUUAGCGACAACCCAAAGGCCAAAACAAGUCUAUCUCUUAAAACAGAAAAAAAAUUUGUGAAAAAAUCAAUAAAUUUUAGUUGUUUUAUUUGAAUGAAAUUAAAACAAAAGAAGGGUUUUUUUGUUUUAGGUUCUUUUGGUUUUGGGUGUGUUUUCUUAAACCCCACCCUCAGAAGGCUUCUUGGGUUUUGGCGGCUAUCCCUUCUCCACGCCUUUCUUCCUUUCUCUUCCUUAACUUUCCAACACUAGGGUUUUAUUUUUCCUCCUCCUCCUCUCUCUCUCUAUAUCUCUUACUUUCUCUCUCUAAAUCAACACCCUUGAUCUUUGAUCAUGGCCAGUUCUGAUCGUAUCCUUACUAACUUUACUCCUCUGGAAAUUGCAGAUUCACUGGAGAACUUGUCUCUGGAUUCACAAGCCAAGACCACAAAAGUUCCUGAGCCUGUCAAGAAGGAUUUUUAUAGUGAUAAUGGCUCUUACAUGUACCAGCAAACUUAUGGUUAUAUGCCAUAUGGGACGUAUUCUAUUCCUAGUCCACCUCUUCCUGCUAUGGGACAUGAUGGUCAGCUACAUGCGCUGCAAGAAUACUAUUAUCCAAGUCCUUAUUACCAAACACCUCUGCAAACUGGUCAAGCCAAUGCUUCUCAAGUGGAGGCUUCAACUUUUGGUUUAGCUGAUCAAGCUUCCUUAUCCAUUGAGACAAAUAAAGGAAAUUCGAGCACCAUAGCUAGUGAUGGGGGUUUGAGCAGUAAUAACGGGUCAGGGUCAUUAAAAUCAACUUUCAAUAGCUCCUCUCUAAAUCCCAAUGCAUUCUAUAGAGGAGGAGGCUUGCCAACAGGUAAUCUAUCUCAAGGUUAUCAGGAUCCAAGAUUUAGUUAUGAUGGGAUUCAAUCACCUAUUCCUUGGUUAGAUAUGUCGAUGUCUUCUAAUGGGCAAUCCAAACAUACUGCAAAUAGUGGGUUCUCUUCAUAUACAAACAACCUCUCAUCUGGCAGGAAUCAUAACCUUCAUCCCUUCCCACAUGUCAUGAACAUGCACAAUGCACGACCAUCAUCAGGUUUAGCCCAAGCAUUUGGAUAUAUGAACCCCAUGUACCCUAACAACAUGACCUACGGUCAUUAUGGAAACAACAUCAGAGGUGGUUCUGGUUUUGGAUCAUAUGGCUAUGAUGGCCGGAAGAAAGGACUGGGGUGGUAUAAUGUUAACAACAAUAAAUCUAAGUUUCAUGGCUAUGGAAAAGAGAAUGUGGAUGGUUUAAAUGAGCUGAACAAAGGACCUAGAGUAAAAGGGUAUAAGAAUCAGGAUGGUUUUGGAACUGUAACACUAGCUGUCAAAGAUCAGAACCUUCUACCGACUAAGAGCAAUAAGGAGAAUAGUGUUUCUGUUGUUCCAGAUAUGGAGCAGUAUAAUAAAGAAGAUUUUCCUGGGAGUUAUUCAGAUGCAAAAUUAUUUGUCAUUAAAUCCUAUAGUGAGGAUGACGUCCACAAAAGCAUCAAAUACAAUGUGUGGACCAGUACAUCUAAUGGAAACAAGAAACUUGAUGCGGCAUACCGUGAGGCCAAGGAGAAGCCUGAUGGGUGUCCUGUAUUUCUAUUGUUCUCAGUUAAUACCAGUGGACAGUUUGUUGGAUUAGCAGAGAUGGUGGGCCCAGUUGAUUUUAACAAAUCUGUAGAAUACUGGCAGCAAGACAAGUGGACUGGUUGCUUCCCUGUGAAGUGGCACAUCAUUAAGGAUGUGCCAAACACUUCAUUGAGGCACAUAAUACUUAAGAACAAUGAGAACAAGCCUGUCACUAAUAGUAGGGACACCCAGGAGGUUAAUUUUGAGCAGGGGAUUCAUAUUCUUAAAAUCUUCAAGGAUCAUUCCAGUAAGACAUGCAUUCUUGAUGAUUUUGAAUUUUAUGAGGCUCGACAAACGAUAAUCCAAGAGAAAAAGGCUAAGCAUCAGCUGUCACAAAAACGGGUUUUGAAUGGGGAGUCUAAUGAUGAUGUUGUAACUGAUAACAAAGAAAUUUCGGCAAUAGCAAAGGAGACUUCGGAAAAAUCUGUAGGGGCUGCCCUGAUAGAAGAACCAAUGAUUGCAUCAUCCGCAGAGGUAGUAAAGGCGAAUGGAGAUGUGAAACCCAUAGAAGAGAACGGAUCAGUUGCUGCAACCGAAGAUGGCCCUGCAAAAUCAGUUUGCAUCACGAAUGCUCGGUAAUGAGCUUCUUAGAUUUGGAAUAGGAUUGUACUUUUGGUUGGUUAGUAACAAGUUAGAUAAUCUAUAUCAGUCAUUUUGAGUCUAAUUUUAUUAGCUGGGUCUGGUCCAUAGCUUCAGUGUUAUAUCAUUUAUCCAUAGGCAGAAUAAUGUAAACUGCUCAAUAGCUUUUUAAGCUUUAUUUUUUGGUCAUUUUCGUCUGUUGUCAUU